GCUCUGUGCUCUGUCGGAUCGCAAUACUUGAUCCAUAGGAACAUUCGAUCAACAAGCAUUUUCGAAACAGGACGAGAAAUAUCCUCGAUUCGGUUACCAUGACUCGGUUUUCCAGGGCCUAUAAAAGACUAUUUGCUGCUAUCUUAUGUGAAUGUCUGACAUUUAUGGUAUGUUUCAUUCCCUUUGGAUCUGUUCAGAAACAUUCAGUUCGAAUCAACUUGUCUUCGAAAGAGACAUCACAACUUGGCAAAACUGCUUUAUCUUAUCGUCACACGAGUCACGAUCAGCCUGCAUACAGAUCAAUUUGGAAUGAGACAAUAGCAACUGAUAAUCUCACAAAUCAUCUGCCACUUUUCAACAACUCAACUCAAAACACCGAACAGAAUGAAGAGGGACACCAGGAGGAACAUCAAGAGGAACCACAGUCAGAAACUCUUACUUGGCUCCAAAGGACACAUUGGGAGUCAAAGAUUGAUUUACACACAUACAAAUAUUUGAAUAAUCCUCGGGAUAAAUGUAACUCCAAUGGCUUCGUGGUAGAAGGAUUCACAUUGCUUGUUCUCGUUAAGUCGGCACCUAAUAAUUACGAGUUGAGAGAAACCAUCAGAGAAACGUACAUCCAAGGAACCCUAAAACACAACAGUUCGAUCAAAGUUGUAUUCCUUCUUGGAUUCCCAGCACAUGGUGAAGCAGACCAAAUGGAUAUCAACAAGGAAGCGGACAGUAACCGGGACAUCAUCCAAGAAGACUUCCAAGACUCUUACUAUAAUCUUACCAUUAAGGACAUGAUGGGACUCAAAUGGACUAUGACGUUCUGCAAUAAUAGCCACUUCGUGCUGGUGACCGAUGAUGAUAUCAUGAUUGACGUCUUUACCCUUGUUGAAGAUUUAUCACAGGUUUACCCAGUGAAUCAAUUCGUACUAGGAGAGCCAACAUAUGGUGCUGCUCCAAUCAGAAACCCAAAUCAUGGUACUUUAAAGAAGUUUUACACACCACUUUCUCUGUACCCCAAGGCCAGGUAUCCAACAUACCCACAGGGUUAUGGGUACAUUUUUUCAAUAGAUGUCGUACCUCAAGUUUUCCAAGCGUCCAAGGAAGUACCACCUCCAGUGCCUUGGGAAGAUGUCUACAUCGGUGUUCUCCUUGAGAAAAUCCAAAUAAAUAUCACAAAUAAGUUUUACUGGUAUAGACAACGACACCCAGUCAAGAAUCCUCUACUUCCAACGAAUGACUACUUUAUGAUACAAUUAUCCAUUGCCCAGAUGAAGACAAUUUGGAAUAGUGUUGAGAGUGCGUUCCUUCGGUAAACCCAUGCAUGGUCCGAUACUCUACGAUCGUCCUCAAAUGAAUAAAAUGUGUAAUUUGCAAUUGAUUAUCUUUAAUUACCUUAAUCCAUCGUUUCAUUGAUCUUUGUUAACUUUAUACAAGUUAUGUAUCUAUUUGAGAUGUAGCCUUUUAAAACCGAGUGUUCCCAUAUCUCUAAUAUGGGAAUUAAUGAAGUCAGGCGUAGUGCAGUCAACUGACAAAAACGUUCAAACGCGCAAUGUAUGCAUUCAAUACCAAUGUUGCUUGACACAUUUUUCUCAAGGUCCCACGAGCCUAAUUACAUCAGGAGGGCUAAAGAUAUUCGUUCGACCCAACCCAUUCGAAUUUUUGUCAAUUUGAUAUUGCUGAUUGACAAAAAUGUAUGAAUGUGAUUCAAAAUCUAACACUGAUUCUAGAAAUGGUAACUACUGAACUUACUUCGCCCAAAUUGGGAAGAUAAAUAAGUGAUUUGGAACUAUUUUUUGACUGGCGGAAUAAUUAGGGCUAUUUUACUGUUUUAGUUGAUGAAUUCGAUCGAUUCAUAGUUAUCUUCAUAAAUGGCGAUUUAUUUUUAAAAUGAGCUGGCUACGGUACCCUUUCCUGGUCGGAUUUGGAAUGUCAGAUAUAUAUCCUAUCCAUUGGUAGUAAACAUUCCACCCUCUAAUUUCACAUUUAUUUUUUAUGAAUUUUUCAAAAGUGCCAUUUUAACACACAAGUCUAUGGGGAAUGUUUUACGCGCGUGACACCUUUAAGUAAUAUGGGAAAUCUCUAGUAGUGGAUGGAAUACCUGGCCAAACUCUUCAGUAUCAAACAAUUUCUCACUGAUAUCAAUAUGUUUAGUCAUCAAGUGGUGCAAAAAAAUGGAUUCAAUGGCUAGCAGGGCUACAUCAGGUAAAGUUAGUAAGUAGGUCUGUAUAGCCUAGGAAUGUAUGUAGAUUGGUCAAUGUAUAGAGUCAAGGCCUCUUUAUGUAACUUCUGAUUAAUAUCAUUGUUUUGUGUUAGUGUACAUCACCUACUUAGCAUUAGAAAGACCUUUAGAAAUUGCUCAUGUUGAAAUUGUUCUUAGGAAGGGGGUAGGUAGAGAGGAGAUAGAACUUUGAGAACUUUACUGAAGAGAACUAGAGCGGUACCUUCAAGAAGGUAUAUAGAAAAGGGCACAGAGUAAGGUAAGGUAUCUAAUAGUGCUCAACUAAGGAGGGAGGGGGGUGGCUGUGUGCUGCAAUCUUAGUAUAGCCCCCCCCCCCUUUAUUAAGCCAUGCCAUCUAUAACAUUAUCUUUCUCUCUCUCUCUCUCUCUCUAUCUAUUUAUUUAUUUAUCUCUUCCUUCUUACAUCUGAGAGGCAACAGCCCUAGCAAGAUUUUGAAUAGGUCAAAUGCAAAUAUACUAAAGUAGUAUCUCAUUCUUUUAUUGUUUCCUCAUCCAAUCUCAUGUAUAUUUGGUAUUUAUGUUUGGGGCAGUUCUGUUAUCCUGAUAUCUACACAUAAUUUACAUACACCUUUAUAUUACAAUUAAUAGGGAUCUAUAUUGUCAUUGCAUUCACUGUUGGGCUAUAUGCAGGUAGGAUUUGUAUACAUCCAUAUACAGUGAAAAUAACAUGUAUGGGUAACACAUUAAAAUGGGUGAU